CGACGAGGGUCUUUACAGUAACAGCGAGAUCCAAAACUAGUCUAGCUACGCCCUAAGGUUAUUGCAUCAUUGACGUAGAGAUGGCAAAACGAGAUCAUUUUGAUGUGCUGAUUGUUUGUCCUCAGGAGUCAGAGCUGCAGGCUGCACGUCACGUGUUUGAACACAAGACAAACAGCAAGUUUGAAGGAGCUCACACUGAUCUCCCUUACAACCUUCGUUUAUGUCGUGGGUGGAAUGAUUUGCCUUUGAAUGUUGCCAUGGUGGCUCAGGUGGGUUCGGGUCAUAUUGAGUGUACGAAGCUUGUUCCUGAUCUGGCAAAACAUUUUACUGUUGGUUUGAUUGCAAUGACGGGCACUUGUACUGGAGAAGAAGACAAGUACAGAGGAAUAGAAUAUGGGACAGUUGUGGUUGGCAACAGAACAACAACAGAAUGUGGAGGGUUAGAGAAGGAAGAUGGAACAGUUCAAUCUCGUGUUUGUUACAAGGAAUUGGACAAACGGCUUUCUCCUGCACUGAAUGAGCUUGUGGAAAUGAGAGAAAGUCACAAGUGGUCAUCAUAUGUUCCUGCUGUAGUAUAUCGUGCCAGUCCACGAUAUGUGAAGGAGCUGCUGUUAGAGUGUGUGUUAGAUAAUGAAGGUAUCAGUAAGAGAAAACUUCUUACAGUUGUGGAAUCCAAACGUUUAAGUUUGACCAAACUUGACAUUGAUGAGGUGCUAGACAAGAUGCAGAAGGAGCAUGAGCCAUUGGUAUGUGUAGAAGGCAAGCGACGGCAAUACAAGGCAACCGAAGCAGGAGAGUUGUAUGCUAAUGACCAAACGGGAUUUACACUUGAAGACAAAACUUUUACUGUUGUAUUUGCAUCAAUAGGAUCAGUUUUCAUGGACACUGAGAGACUUGACAUGACAAAAGUGAGACAACGAAUGGGAGAUCACGACAUCAAAGCUAUUGAUAAAGAAGCUCAUUCAUUCAUGGAACAAGCGACAGACAGUUUCAGUCCUGGAUUAGCUGUUGUGAUGAAGGGAAUAUGUGACUACGGAAGUGAGAGCAGCAAACUGAUGUAUUUUGAAGCUUAUGCUGCUGCCACUCCAGCUGCAUUUCUGAGACAUUUCAUCACUGAAAAGAAGUCUGUGAUCAGUUCUGGGUCAUUGCAGGCUCAGCUGUUUGAUUUGUGUGACAUUGUGGGUGAGAAGUGGCGUGAUUUGGCCGAUCGUCUCAAGAUGAGCAGAUAUGAUGUUGAGAUGAUAGAACUGGAGGUUCAUACAAAGAAGGAACGAGCAUUUAUGAUGCUAUGCAAAUGGCAGUCGAUGGUAGGAGACAAUGCAACUGUAGAGAAGGUAAAAGCUGAACUAAAAGAGAUUGAAGAGCAGAAGAAGGAAGAAGCCAUUGCAAGUAUAGUGUUUCCCAAUGAGCUAAUGGAAGAAAAGCAAUUUUGUGGUCGCAAGAAAGAGUUGACAAUUUUGUCCAACACAAUGUGGGGAGAAAAGGCUGCACAAGUGUCUACGUCAUUGAAAUUCUGCUGUGUGGUGAUCAAAGGAAUGGGCGGAGUGGGGAAAUCCUCUUUGGCAGCCAAAUAUGCAUUUGAAUGUAAACAUCUGUAUAGUGAUGGAGUGCUGUAUUUCAAUGCAGAAUCAUGGGCAACACUGACAAACUCAGUCAUACACAAUCUCACAGUUUUGUCUUUAAGUUUUCCUUCUGUUUCACGUUCUCAAAGUCGAUUUGAUGAGCUAAAGAGCAAUCCAUUAGAAGACAAGAAUGCAGUGCUGCUUAACCACAUUUCCAAGCUUCCUAAGAUGUUGCUGGUGUAUGAUGGUGCAGAUGAUCUCUCUUUUCUGCCUAAAAUUCUUCCUCGUUCAACUGCUCGUGUGCAUGUAUUGAUCACAACUCGAUGUGAUGAUUGUUGUGUGUUACAGAAAUCACUAAAUCAUGUCAUCUCUCUUGGUUGUUUGGAAGCCGAAGAUGCCGUGGCAGCCGUAGCCAUGUGGUCUGGUCGUCAACCAUCCAACAGUCAAGAAACAGCGGCAGCCACCAAAUUGUCAGUUGAAUCUCCCAUAGAAAAGCUACCAAUUGCUCUUGCUCAUGCAGGCACGUAUAUGCGAAAGGCACAUCUAAGUUAUGAGGAAUAUUACAAACUGUUGAAAAGAAAUGAAGUUGAACUUGAGGGUUUGGCAUUGGAUCUUGACAAACUGUUGCAUUACUUUAGAGCAAGUCGUCUACGUGAAGUGCUAAUGAAAGCUGAUGUAACUCAGCCUCCUGAUUUGAAACGGUUGAGUGACAGGAAUAUUGAUGAGUUGGAUAUAAGUGAACGUGACAAAAAUGUUGUAAAAAAUGUGAGAAAUUUUAUGAUGUCUUGUAGUCAUGCUCAUCUGACGUGGCAGAUGGACAUUGAGUUGGUUGCAAGAGAGAAUGCCAAAGCGUUGUCUCUACUUGAAUAUGCAUCAUUUUUGUCUUCAAGAGACAUUCCAGAGAAGCUGGUUCGUCCUCUUGUGUUUGGUGAAUGUGCCAAUUAUGAAUACAGUUUGUGUGUCUCAAGUUUGUCUUCACACAAUUUAGUUGAAUGGCACGAGACAGCAGAAGGUUACACUUUGAAUAUUCAUGCAUUGGUGCAAUCAACAGUGAUGGAACGUGUCAAGCAGCAACCAGAUGAGUUUGAACGUAAAAUAACUGAUGUUUGUAAAAAUAUGCUGUCUCAUAUACCGGACACUGAAAUGGACUUAAAUUGUGUUCCAAGUGAUGUGCGACUUCAACUUUCUUCUCACUUGUGUUCAUUGGCUAAGUAUGUAUUGGUAGCUGAUGUAGAAAUACCAACUUGCUUGCAGUUGGUUAGGUGGACGUGUGCUACAUUUAUGCCGUACCAGUCUCCUGACACAUCAUAUUAUUUGUGUGAAAAAUGGUACCACAAAGUGAUGCAGUUGGAAAGUUUUCCACUUGCUGUCAAACGCGAAUGGCUCAUAGAAGCAAGUAAUCUUUUGAGUAGGGCAUAUUUUCACAAGUCGAAAACAAAGCAAUCGUUAGAUUUGAGUCUGAUAACCAAGAAGAUGAUUGAUGAGUUAAAACCAGAUGAGAAGAAAGAAAUAUAUGAAUGUCAUGUUACAGUGUUGGAGAUUAUUCUUCAUUGCUGUCACCAACUAAAGAAAUUUGAAGAAGAAAAAUUUUAUCUGAAAGAGCUGAUGUUGCUGACGAGAACUUCUGGAGAACAACUUGGAGCUGAAUUUUCUUUAACUAAAUGCAACAUGGCAGAGAGCUACUUUAAGAGGGGUGAACAAGACAAAGCAAUGAAAUUAUGCCAACAAGUGAUGGAAAAGUUAAAUGAUAUGGAGGAGUACGAUGAGAUAAUAGUGACAUCAAUAUUAGCAAGAUGUUUUUUAUCUUUUGGAGAAUUUGAAAAAGCAGAUGAUUUAUUGGAUAGGUCAUGGAAAUUGCUUUCCAGAGUUGAUUAUUACAAUUCUAUUUAUGAGCGUCAUGUGGUCAUGUGUCUCAAGUGUGACUGUGAGAUUACAAGACCUAAUGGAUCAAAACACAAGCUUACUGAAGCAUUGGAAAUGGCAAAAUCAGCUUUGUCUAUUGCUCAGUCUUUCCUACCAUCAGAAAGUUCAGAGAGUUUCUGUUGUAAACUGCUCAUUGCUAGAUGUAACAGGAAAUUAGAAAACAUGGAAACAUGCAUUGAACAACUGAAAGAGAUGAGGAAUGUUGAGGGGGCAAACAUGCCUGAUUCACGUAGCAAUGUGUGUAGAGUAAUAAGAGAAUUAGGAAGCAUACAUGAGGAGAGAGGUGAUUUAGUUGAAGCUCUGGCAUGUUAUAAGGAAGUAUUAGAGCUGUACCAGCAGGAGGACAUUUCUUAUCAUGUGGACAUUGCUGAUACUCUCAUGUUGAUUGGUGCAAUAUAUUAUAAGAUGGGCAACAUCACUAAAGCUGUAAAGCAUUUAGAGCAGUCUAUAGAAUUUAGAGAACAGAAGCAGUUAUCACAUUGUGGUGAAGCUGGUCAAUGUUAUAAAAUUCUUGGAAUUUGUCAUUUACCGACAGUAGAAAGACAGACAACAUUUGAACAAAAACUACAAAUUUUUUAUCAAGCACGAGAGGCAUAUACUAAAUCUCUCAACAUACUGUUAUUUUAUUCAAAUUGUGAUCAAGAAAUAUUGGAUGUGUUGAGGCGUCUUGCUGCUACAUAUGACAUGAAAAUUGAUGAAAAGACUAUAGAUGAGAAGGCCAUUAUGCUAAAACUAAUAGCAAGGAAAGCAUAUACUUGGAGAGAUUAUGCCAGAGCUAAAGAUUUGUUCUACAUGCAGAUGAAAGUUGAAGCUGCUACAAUGGUUUUACAGCCAGUACAAAAAGCUAUUGCGCUGCACGACAUCGGUUUGUGUCAGAUACGUCUCUCACAGUUGAACGAAGCUGAGGAAACAUUUACUGAAUCACUGAGAAUUGCUCAAUCUCUGAGACCAGAAGAGCAUCAAGGUUUACAGAUUUCAUCCAUCAAAAAUCUGCUUGGACUAGUUUGGAUGCUGAAGUACUUUAGAACGUUAGAUUAAGGUACAGACUUGUUAGUAACACAAUACAGUCACAAGAUUGAUGAAGUGUAUUUUACAGUUAGUGCUGAUUGUCAUAUGUCUAUAUGUUUGUUUGCUUUUUGUCUGCUUAUUGAUAUCAAAUAUAUUCUAAACUUUAUAGACAAUAAUGAUUUACAUUUUAUCUCAAA